UGCGGCGAGCAGAUAGCGGGGCGGGGACUUGCGGUCUGCAGGACGCGGGACCCGCUAGGCUGGAGGGACCACACCAGAGCUGUCCCCCGCCGCAGACGGACCAUGCGACUGCUAGCGCUCCUAGCGGCCUGCGCGGCCGUCGCCGCCGCCACACACCAGGGCGUCUCGGACAACGAGAUCCCCCACAACGAGAAAGACGCAGUCAGCCAGGAAGUAGACAAGGAAGAUUUCGGCCCUGAAGAAGAUGACAAAACCUUUCUAAGCGAGUCAAGUCACAUCCUCUACAAGCAAGUGCCCUGCGGUAAGGUCAUGGAUGACCUUGAGACAAUCCUAACCGAGAGCAGCUGCUUCCGUCUGGUGGAUGUGCUGGUAAACAUGACCGAGGACAGCCGAUACUCCUACCGACCCACGAGCGUCAAGGCGCGGCGCUGCGGCGGGAUGUGCAAGGCGCGCCAGACCUGCGUGUCCAUGGGCAACAAGACCGCGCUCGUGCCGGUGGAGAGGACUUUGCUGUCGGACCAGACCAGGGACUGCGCCUACGCCUACAUUGAGGAGGACACCAGCUGCAUGUGCAAGUGCAUCGUGCAGCAAAAGCACUGCAGUCCGCUUCAGAUGUACGACGAGAACGCGUGCGAGUGUCGCUGCAUGGACAUGGCCGUGAGGAAGGCGAACUGCCUGCACCUGGGCAAGCAGUGGCUGGGCGACGAGUGUCGCUGCAUCUGCCGCAACAAACCGCGGCGACCCUGCAGCACGGGCACCGCCUGGGACGAGGACAACUGCAGGUGCAUGAAGAAACAACGCGCAAGAGGUUGACAGAAAUCAACUUUAAUUUUUGUUAAAACACACAAAUUAUUACAAAGAAAAUUAAUAUCCUCCAUGUUUAGAGCCUAAAACAUUAAAUUAUAAAUUCAUUUAUGAAGUAAUACUAUUAAGUCUUGAAAUUACUUCAAUAAGCGGAUUAAUUCUGAAUAAUGUUUUUUUGGUGUCUAAUGAUAAACUGAGUAGUAGGUAAACAAAAAGCUUAAUUUAUUUGGGAAUUACGAUUGUACACUACAAAUGUAUACGAUUGUACCAUGAUAAUGAUACAUUAUUUUGUCUUUGUAACAAAUACAUAUAAAUACAUUCAAAACCAA